AUGGCUUUCAGAACAGUAACUAAAAGGUUGGGGAAUAAACUUUUUCCACCGUUAUCUUCCACUUCCAGGCUACUACACUCUCAUGCCACCAGUUUCGGUUUCAAACAUGUAAACGAAGAAGAAAAGGCGCGCAUGGUCGGUGAUGUGUUUACGAGUGUUGCUGCGAAUUAUGAUACCAUGAAUGAUCUAAUGAGUGCUGGAUUGCAUAGAUUAUGGAAAGAAAGGCUAGUUUCCAUGCUGAAUCCUUUUCCUGGAAUGAAGCAUCUUGAUGUGGCUGGUGGCACAGGGGAUGUUGCUUUUAGAAUCUUGGAUAACAUAAACAGAGUUAAGCAGAGAGGGCUUCCAAACGCUCUUAAAGAUUCUCUAGAGUCAGAAACUCAGAUAUAUGUAUGUGACAUUAACCCAAACAUGUUGAAUGUUGGCAAACAGCGGGCCACAGAGAAGGGUUACGGAGAGGACGGUUCCCUUGUAUGGGUGGAGGGAAAUGCUGAAAGCUUAAGUUUCCAAAAUGAUUCAAUGGAUGGUUACACUAUUGCAUUUGGGAUAAGAAAUGUUACACACAUCGAGAAAGUUCUUGGCGAGGCUCAUAGGGUAUUGAAACCCGGCGGCAGGUUCCUUUGCCUUGAACUAAGCCAUGUUAGUCUUCCAAUAUUUAAAGAACUGUAUGACUUAUAUUCUUUCUCGGUUAUUCCACGCAUAGGAGAGAUGGUUGCCGGCGAUCGAGAGUCCUAUCAGUACUUAGUAGAGAGUAUCCGGCGUUUCCCCCCACAGGAAAAAUUUGCGUCAAUGAUUGCUGAUGCAGGGUUCCAAAAAGUAGAGUAUGAGAAUCUAGUUGGGGGAGUGGUUGCCAUCCACUCAGGGCUGAAAAUCUGA